AUGUCAUUACCAGGCGCAGGCCCGUCAACGGUCAAAGGAAAGAAGACACCUUCACAAGAAACCUCCAACCGGAGCAUAACUCACAUGCUUAAGAUGGCUCGGCGAGUGAGGAAAGAGACGGCCCGACCGGGCACCCAACGGAUCCCUGGGAGCUACAUACCCUCGAUCUCGCUGCCAAAUCUGACUCCCUCCGUCCCGUCGGGCGGAAUUCUUGCGCAUCAAGAAACUUUUCGUCCCCUCUUGCCCUCCCUUCGGAGCCAUAGGAAUCAGGAUGCCCAAGAAGCCCGGCCCUGGUCUCAUCCCCCGAACGGCGAACCUUUGCCGGCAGGGCAGCCACAAGCCGAUCUCAAAGCAGGAUCCCAUGACCUUCAACAGGCUCAGCCUCAUGUCACCACCAUAGCUAUCACAGCAAUCAAAUCCACUCGGAUUGGAAUACUUCAUUUGUGCUACCCACCGCUUUUCCUCAACACUUGUUGCAAGGCUUAUCUCUGUAGAACGGAAUGUGGUUUGAGGUGAGCCAGUCCUAAACAGAACUUGAAAACUUCAUUACUUUUUCUAGGGGAAUAAUAAGCACAUGUAAAUGACACCAUAACAGCGAGAAGAAUCAUCAGGCGCUAAUUAUAAACAGUUUUUUGGAAAAAUUCUUCAAACGUUUUUGAAAAUUUU